AUGGCGUCGCCCGCACCCGCACCGGCUGCACAACCACCCGACCCACAACGCCUCGCCAACAAGAUCCGCUUCGAGACGGAACUCGAGUUCGUCUCCUGCCUUGCGAACCCGUUCUACCUCCAGUCACUCGCACAACAAGGCCUCUUCGACUCGGAACCGUUCCUCAACUACCUAACCUACCUCCUCUACUUCCGCCAACCCACUUACAGCCGCUUCCUCCAAUACCCACAAAGUCUCCACCAGCUAACGCUCCUCACUUCCUCCGCGCCGUUCCGCAAGGCACUGAAGGAACAGCCGCUGUUGGCGCAGGAGUGGGCGGGGAAGAUGGUGGCGCAUUGGGCGGGGUGGAGGGAGAGAGAGGGGUUGGGGUUGGGUGAGGCGAUGGGGGGAUUGGCGAGCGAGGGAGGGAAGAAGGAGGACGGGGGAGGUGCGGGAGCUUGCGCCGCAGCAGGCGAUGCUGCGGAACUGAAUGGCGGUGAAGAGACGAAGCAGGUGGUCGCGGCGACGUGA